CGCCGGUGUUCGCAAGGACCAGGUCGAGAAUCGGAAUAAGUCGAGGACACGGAUAGGGACUCGUACUCUCGCCGUCGCCGAGGAGGACGGCCGACUCUUGCCGGGACUCGGACCCCUCCAGCGUUUAUAUAAGAACAGAGGCACCCCAUCGAGCCAACACCACACAACACGUCCGAUCAAAGAAACACAAGCUCUCGAAACAGCUAGCGAAGCAAGUCAACAAUGGCGAGCGGCAGGAGGGAUCUCGCCGCGGCGACGAUCUCGCUAGCCGUGCUGCUCCUGCUCUUCUUGCCUAGCACCGCCGCCGCCGCCAACGUCCCAGGGAACGGGCACAAGCUCGGCUGGUCGACGUACACCUACAACCCCGACUACAGCAGCGAGGCGUGCACGGCGUCUCUCCUUCGCCCGGAGACUGCCACCGAGGGCCGCUGCGGCCGGCCGCUCGGUCUGCGGUUCCACCUCAAGUCCGGGUACCUCUACAUCGCCGACGCCUACAAGGGGCUCAUGAGGGUCGCGCCAGGCGGCGGGGAGGCAACUGUGCUUGUCACGGAGGUUGACGGCGUACCUCUCCGCUUCACCAACGGGGUAGACAUCGACCAGGUAACCGGAGAGGUCUACUUCACCGACAGCUCCAGGAACUACAAUAGGUCGCAACAUGAGAUGGUCACAAGAACCGGAGACUCGACGGGUCGGCUACUGAGGUAUGACCCACGGACAGGAAAGGCCGUCGUGCUCCAGGUCGACAUCACUUACCCCAAUGGCCUCGCCAUUAGCGCUGAUCGGACACAUCUCGUCAUCUCAUCGACCGGACCGUGUAAGCUGCUACGAUACUGGAUCAAGGGCUCCAAGGCGGGCACCAUGGAGCUAUUCGCCGACCUCGCUGGCUAUCCAGACAAUGUGAGGCCCGACAAGAAAGGAGGAUACUGGGUGGCACUACACCGUGAGAAGGCUGAGCUCCCAUUUGGCGUUGAUAGCCACCUGCUAGCAUUGAGGAUCGAUGCCGAUGGAAAAAUAAUCGAGGAGAUGCGGGGACCAAAGGGUGUGAGGCCGACCGAGGUGGUGGAGAGGAAAGGCGGCAGACUAUUCAUGGGAUCUGUCGAGCUUCACUAUGUGUCCGUCGUCACGCGUAAAUAGAGAAAUCAAUUAGUAGAGAUGUAUUGAGUUAGGAUAGGUUUUCA